CGAGAAGGCAAAGCAAAACAAAACAAAAACGGAACGGGUGAGAAUGAACCGUCUGAAUCUGUGCAUUUCGAUUUUCAAGAUUAGUAUAAUAAAUUCUGAACGAUUCCCGAGAAAAUGACAAGUUUGGUCGGCAGUAGCCUAGAAAACGACGCCGAACUACAGGAGGCUGUAUUCUUUGAACUAAUUGAUGAUUUGACUCUUGGAUUAUGUUUUGAAUUCCAUCGAUCUUGUAAAACUGGUUCAUUUUUCCAUGAUGAUGUCGAUGAAGAAACAAUGAAACAAUAUGAAAUCGUUGAGAAAACUGGUCUUGAUGUAUUCGGUCAAGUGCCUUUAAAGAAACCAGUGGAGUGUAUAUGUCCUAAUUGUAAUAGGACACUAACAGCAUCCCGAUUUGCACCACAUCUAGAAAAAUGUAUGGGAAUGGGGCGCAAUAGCAGUAGAAUAGCUAAUAGAAGACUUAUAGCCAAUAGUGGUAAAGUUGAUAGCGAAAAUGAUGAUGAAAAUGAAGAGACAGAUUGGCCGUUAAAUGACAAAAAAAAUUAUCCAUCAAAGAAACUUAAGAAAGAAAAGAUGGUUAAUUCACCAAGACGAGCUACAAAGUCAGGAAAAAAUAAAAAUGGUGAUACCAACAGUGUACAUUCAGAGUCUAGUGUUGUAAGUUACAAGUCUACGGGGUAUCUACCAGGACAUGAAGCAUUAUCAAUGGAAGAACGAAAACAACUAUUGAUGAGUACAUGUGGUGUUAUAUCCGAACAUACCAAAAAAAUGUGUACCAGAUCCCACCGCUGUCCUCAACAUUCUGAUGAGCAAAGACGAUCUGUCAGAGCCUACUUAUUAGGUGGAUAUCAUGAUGCAGUAAGAGUCAGAACAGAUGGUAACCUUGGCGACAAUGAUGAUAUACAUGUAGAUAUUGAUGGUUACGAAGAUUCAGAAAAUGCAAAUUCAUUCCGUGAUGUCCUUCAUUGGGAGGGGAGUUCAGCCAAUCCAUCACCAGCUGAUUCAAACUCCACUGCUAGUACAAGCAGUACUGCAAAGAGAUACAAGAAAUCCAAGCAACAGAGACACAAGAAAAGUAAGACUUCUACACUGGUGCAGUAUGACAAUGAAAUCUGAAAAAAAUAUCUGUUCUGACCUUAUGACCUGUAUAAAACUGUUAUUGAAAUAUUCACUUCUUUAUAAAAAGGCUGCUUGCAGUGAAAACAAACAAUAUUAAAUUAUUUGGAAGCAUGUUUCCGAAUCUUAGCAUUCAUGCAUAUUAGGUUAUUGGCAUGUGUAUUUAUCUCUAAAAGAAUAAAUUGAAGCUCCUUGAAGUGAUGUCAUAUUGUUUAAUAUCUACGUAGUCACAAACAAAUGAAUGUGCUGUGUAUAUGAUUUUGUCUGACCACAGCUGUUAUUCCUUACCUUGUUCUUUUUGUGUUUAUACUGCAGCAAGAAUGCAUGCAUUUAUGUACAAUGUAUGUGCCUCUAAUUUCUUUCAUUAUUUUAUGUAUUGCAAUAUCGGCAUUGUUUGCUUUGUUGUUGAAAUUAUGCUGCUGUAUACCAGGAAUGUGCUAGUAGAUCAUCAUUCUGCAUAGAUUGUUGUAUACUUUCUUAAUCUCCGUUUGGACAGUCUGAAAAAGGGGGGACUUAUGACGUGCAUGCAUGCCCACCUGCAUCUUGGACAUGUCUUUAUAAUCAAUUAAUGGUAAAAUAAGACGGAACAUCAUUUCAUUCCUUUGAUGUUUGUCGCAGUUGCCUAACCCUAUAUUAUUGUCUUUAUUUAAUUUUUAUUGCAAGAAUAACAAAGUUGUGUUGUUCGCAAAAUUUUGCUUGAAGUCUCAACUAUAUGUGUACUGUAAUAAAAGCAACAGCAAAAGUAUUUGCUAAAUAUU